AUGGAGAAGAUUAGUGUAAUGGGCGAGUCAAUUGAAACGUACAUUCGACCUUCACCUGAUGACUUCGUCGCUUUUCUGCCCUGGGCUUGCAGUCAACUUGAGUCGGAGUAUAAUGUGAUCAUAUCAAAAGUAUACCAGAGUGAUUACACAAGAAGCUCCGGUCUAAGUGUCCGUAGCAAAUCAAGAAGCAAAAGCAGACCAAAAGCAGUUCUUUCGAAAACCGACGCCGCGUCAGAUAGAGAAGAUAAAACGGUUAUCAUGCACCAAGUCGGUUCCGCUGAAGAUAUUGUCCAUAUUGUUGCUGUUCUCGACAACAAUGAAGAUGUAGUUCAAAUAUCUUUUGAAAAAAAUAAGCAUAUACCCCGCCUUGUACUCAAAAUUAUUGGUUUGAUCAUCAAAUUUCAUCCUCAAUUAAAUUCUGUUAUGAUCAAUCAAGGAGCUGAUCUAUCUACAAUAUAUGAAUUGAAAAAGAUUCUUGUCCUAUCGAAUAUUACUGAUGUUUGCCUUGAUGGUUGCUCUCUGUGUGAAGCCAACUAUGAUAUUUUACUAGAACACGAAUCAGUAUUACGUCAUUUAUCUUUAUGUCGAUGUAAAAUUGAAGAUGAUGUUUUACAAAACAUUGCUAGUAAGCUAGCAUAUCCAAACUCAGCUUCAAAAUCCUUGUCUGUACUCAAUCUAGCAUCAAAUAGAAUUACUGAUAUUGGUGCAAAAUGUUUGGCAAAUGUUUUACGUUCCAACCGAUGCUUAAUUUAUCUCAAUUUAUCCGAUAACAGAAUUACAGAUGAUGGUGGUAUUGACUUAUUGGAUAGCUUACAAGAGUUUUGUUUAACACCUGAAGAAGUAUUGGCAUCUAGGGCUCGUUAUCUAUCAUUUUUAAAAACUAAAAAUGAUUUAAUAGAUAGCACAAUGAAAGAGUUAAAGAUUGGAGACCUAGGAAAAUCACUGGCAAAGAAAAAGCCUGCACGAUCAGUUCCAACUACCGUAAGAAAGAAAGCAAAAGGGACCGAAAGAGAAGGAUCGUUAGUCUCUGUUCCUGAGACGACUGCAAGCAAUAACGAUAGCUCUGAUAAAAUUUUUCAUGACAAAGCCGUGUCUAUAGUUCAGACAUCUUUAGGAGACUUUAGCGACCCAUUUUUCUCGAACAAUACUAGUGUUAAAGAUGAAGUUUUGUACUGCAACGGAAACAAUACACUGAGUUAUUUGAAUCUAGCUUUUAAUGAUUUGAGCUAUAUUUUUUUAAAGAAACUGCUCAAUGUUCUCACUUAUCAAAAAACAGUGGAUAGGAAGCCUCGCGGAUUGAUCUAUGUGUCAAUAGACGGUAACAAUCUGCCUGUGCUGUGUGAUGAGUUAAAGGAGAUUGAAGCUAUUUUAGAAAUGGGUAUUAACGUUCAGCGUAAUGUCACAUCAAAGAAACGGCCACAGGUGAAAGUAUCGUCCAGAUAA